AUGGCCUUUUGGGUCGUGGGCGGCGGCACUCCGCCUGACGAGGCCCACCACCCCUGCGACUCGGGCCACCACAGUGCUGAAGAGGAAACAUACGUCCACGGCGCAAAGAGACGAGUCGUCCACCGCCACCAACACCACCAUCACCACUAUCACCACCACCAUCACCAUGAACUGCAGCAGCGAUCCGACUCACCUAAACGGCUGCGCACAAAUGGCGACUCUGUCUCCAUCAAGAACCUCGCUUUCCUCGUGAUACGCGAGGGCACACCGCCACCCAUCCCACGCGAGGGCACCCCUCCACGCUACCGCUCACCAUGUCCUCAGCCGAUGGAGCGCACCGCCUCUGGCCUGUCCAUCUCCAACGCAGAUACGCUCAGAGACACGACACGGCCCUUGUUGAAUGAGCUGCAGGCCGCGCACAUGGUGCAGAAACACACCCUCCUCUCCCGUCGCGACUCCCAGCCCUCACGGAUCCUGCACUCCCUCAUCCAUCCGCACUCGAGCUUCCCGCUGGACAACAAGGCCCUGGAGAGCCUCUUCCACACGGCCAACACACUCUUCUUCGCCAACCGGCUGAGUCGACGGGUCACGUGGGACUGGUCGACGACGUCGUCGGAGCAGUACACGUCGCACAUUGUCGGCACGACGGCCCUGCGCCACUCGCAGCUGCUGGGAGGCUACGAGACGCUCAUCGUGCUGUCGAGUCCCAUCCUCAGGGACACGCGCUACAACCGCAGGCUCCUGAUCGCCACGUUCUUGCACGAGAUGAUUCACUCCUUUCUGUUUGUCAUGUGUGGCCUCGAGGCGGGUGGUCACGGCGAGGCGUUCAGGAUGAUUGCCGACGUGAUUGACCACUGGGUCGGGAAAGAGGAACUCAGGCUCGGCGACAUGGAGGCUGACCUGGAGCGCUUCUGCGAGGAAAGGGGGGAGCAGACGGGAGGGGGGGCGUGGGAGAGCACCGGCGCCACGGGCUACAUUGGAGGCUCUGCGCAUGCUCACCUGGCCAAAGCUUUCCCAGACGCCCGCUUCGUCCUGCUUGUGCGCAACGAGGAGCGCGCAAGGCCGAUCAAGGAUGCUUACCCAGACACUACAUUUGUCUACGGGAGCCUCGACGACUCGGACGUGAUUGAAAAGGCAGCCGCAGAAGCCGACAUUGUCGUUCACACCGCGGACUCUUCCGACAACGUCAAUGGCGCCCAAGCCAUCGCCAAGGGUCUUGCUGCUGGCCACUCGGCCGAGAAGCCCGGCUUCUGGCUCCAUACGUCCGGCACGAGCAUUCUCACCUGGUACGACUGCAAGGCGGAGCGCUCCGGCGAAGCGCCCCUCCCAGAGCAGAAAUACCACGACAUUGACGACAUUGGCAAGAUCCUGAACCUACCCGACGAGGCGGACCACCGCAACGUCGACAAGAUCGUCCUGGCCGCCAACUCGGACGCCGUGCGGAUCGCCGUGCUCUGCCCACCCACCAUCUACGGCGAGGGCUCUGGCAAGGUCAACACCCGCAGCCUGCAGGCGCCCGAGCUGGCGCGCGGCACCCUGCAAAAGGGGUUUGCCCCCAUUGUCGGCAAGGGCCUGACCGAGUGGGACAAUGUGCAUGUGGACGACCUCGGCGACCUGUACGUCAAGCUCGCGGCUGCGACACAGGAGCCCGCCCAGCGCAGCAACACCGAGGUGUUUGGCCUACACGCGUAUUACUUUGCAGGCGGCGGCUCGCACAGGUGGUCCGACCUGGCCAGGUGGAUAGCCGACGCGGCGAGCAAGCAGGGCUUCCUGCCGGAGCCGCUGACCAAGUCGGUCUCGCAGAAGGAGGUCGACAUGAUGGAGGGCAAGACGACGUCGUCCUGGGGUCGGAACUCGAAGGGCAUCACGGUGCGCGCGCCCACGUAUCUGGGCUGGGAGGCCAAGGGUGUGUCGCUGAGGGAGACGGUUGGGUCGUUGGUGGCGUCUGAGGCGCGGAGUCUUGGCCUCGAGCCGCACGAAAGGAAGUAA